AUGGCGUACAGAACCGUCUCCACAGACGCAGUGUUGGUUAUAGUGGGACUGAUCCCUAUUAACUUACUGGUGCAGGAAAGAAGGAAUAUUUUCUUUGAAGAAGAGGGAAACCGGGAGACCAGGAAAAAGCUAGAGAGAGCCGAAACCUUCCGCAAGUGGCAAGAGGAGUUUGACGCCAGCCCUAACGGAAGAUGGACCAGCAGACUGAUCCAGAAUGUAGAGGCCUGGACGCGCAGGAGGCACGGGAACCUAACGUAUUAUGUUACCCAAUUUCUGAGCGGCCAUGGUAGCUUUGGGGACUACCUAAAACGUAUCAAGAGGAGGGAAAGAGACACUUGCAAAGCAUAUAAUUUCAAAAAAGUCAAUUUUCCCGAACUCUAUCAUGCUUUCUUACAUACUACUAAUUGA